UGGUCAUGUAGCGCGAUGGAUUUUGAGCAUAAUUACAGUUAAAUCCGCAUUAUAGAGAAGAGAACUUUGUUCAGCAACCUUUUAAAGUUUCCUCUGGUCUCUCCUUCAAAAACAUUUUUUCCCCGAAAAACUCAUAAACAGCUCCUCAAUGAGAAACCCUCGAUUCCUCUUCUUCUCUAGAUAUCUAAAUGCAACACCAUUUCUAGGGUUUAAACAAAAGUCUCGAUCAUUACAAACCUUAGCAUAUGAAGAGGUUCGAGCUAACAACGACAAACCCUACAAAUCAACAGCUUUUGUUCUUCAUGGACUCUUAGGAUCUGCCAGGAACUGGAGAUCUUUCUCUAAGACCCUUGUUUCUUCUCUGGAAAAGAAUUCCUAUUCAUCUGAUUGGAGGAUGGUUCUUGUGGAUAUGAGGAACCAUGGGAGAUCAGCUGAAAUUAAAGGUCUUGAACCGCCGAAUGAUCUUGUAAAUGCUGCAAAUGAUUUGGCUAAUUUGGUUAAGUCUGAGGGUUGGGAUUGGCCUGAUGUUGUUAUUGGUCAUUCCAUGGGUGGAAAAGUUGCGUUACAGUAUGCUGAGAGCUGUGCUCGUGGGGAUUAUGGUGGAUCUGCUACUUUGCCUAAACAGCUUUGGGUACUGGAUUCUGUUCCUGGAGAAGUAAAUCCUGAGGAGAGUGAUGGAGAAGUUGAGAAGGUUUUACAGACCUUACAAAGUUUACCCUCCGAAAUCCCAUCAAGGAAGUGGCUUGUAGAUCACAUGAUGGAGCUUGGGUUCUCCAAAUCACUUUCGCAGUGGAUUGGAAGCAACCUUAAGAAAUCGGGGGACCAUGAAACAUGGGCUUUUGAUCUCCAAGGUGCUGUUGAUAUGUUCAAUUCAUACAGGGAGAGGAGCUAUUGGUCUUUGUUGGAGAACCCACCUGAUGGACUACAUAUUGCCAUAGUUCAGGCAGAGAACAGUGACAGGUGGUCUCCAAGUGUGGUUAAUCGGCUUGAAAGUCUUGCCUCCAGGACAAGGAAAGAAUCCGAAGGAAAGGUUUCAGUUCAUCUUCUACCAAAGUCAGGGCAUUGGGUUCAUGUCGACAAUCCCAAAGGGCUGCUCGACAUUGUUGCUCCAAAUAUUGUAUCUACUCCAUGAAACACACCAUAAACUCCGGUAAGAAGUUUAUACAAUAAAAGGUUGUAUUCUCGAUUCUCCCUGGGCAGUUUGAGGAAAAUUGCUUAGAAUCUUCCUUCUGCCAUAUUAUAUUAUAUGGGGACCCAGUUAGAAGUUUUAUGAAUUUGUUUCCGUUAGACCACUUACUCGUUAGUAGUUACAAUUCAGAAUUUUGAUGUCUUGUAUCAUCUAAACUAUAUUCUAUCUGUAAAGGAAUUACAGUGGUAUAUUUUCAACAAACUGGAUCCAAAUAGGAAAUAUGUUCAAAAUUGCAUUACCA